UGUGGAGCUUCCCUCGACGUCAUCUUCCUCCUCUUCAUCCCCAUCACUGAUGGUGAGAUUGGCUGGCACAACAAGUGUAAUCAUCUACUUUCCACAGAAAUAUUAGCUUAAAUCUGCCAAAUACGUUCAGUUUAAUGUUUAUUAUUAUUAUAGUUUUACCAUCAAUAUGACGAUCAUGUCUAUAAAACAACAGAUUUACCUAAAAAUAUACAUAAUUUCUUUAACUUGUUCAGGACGUAUGAUCAAACAUGGCAGCUUGAUUUUCAUGCCAUGAUUUCACCAACUUUAUUGAGUUUAACAUAAACAACAUAUAUAUUCUUAUUUAGCACAACCGGUCAACCUUGUAAUGUGAGAGUUUCAUAAACUUAGCAUUGUGUUUGUAAACUAAAGGCGAGACUGAGCCCCAUGGAGGCGGUUUUCCAGUUCUGCAGAUACAAUAUUUGGUGCAUUACAGCCCUGCGCUGGUUAGUCGAAUGGAGCGAACUGUGACUAGCUUGAUCUCUGAUGAUUGGUUGGGUGAAAUCCCAUAAUUUAUUAAAAAUAAUAAUAACAAUAAUAAUAAUAAGUGUCCGAGAAAAGGCGCACUGACUUAAUUUCUGAUGCGAAUGGAAGUGUCUAAAUAUAGACGCCGGCCCUUUAAAGGGUUUGAAGACAACUUUUCAAGAAGUUUAAAUGUUCCUCUCUAAAUGAAAGUAACACCAUAUAAAUCUGAAGCCUUACAUGAAGUGUGAUGUUUUCCUUGUGGAUCACAGAUUUAUAAAGACAAAUCUCAAAACCCUGCUCCAUGGCCUCUCAGCCGGUUAUAAAGAAAGUCAUUCUUUUGUGGCAGCAUUGCUUUCAGAUGUGGUCAAACAGCAUGGUCUCCUGUUACCAAAAAAGAACACGCCCUUUCUGCAAAUGAAGUGUUUUGAGAGAAAUGAGUUGUGGAGGGAGAGUCCCUUAAUGGAGACAAGUAAUAUAAACUCAGCCAGAGAAAGCAGUGUGGGAGACGAGAAGCAGUUUCACAGAGUUUGAAUGUUUCCAUCAGCACAGACCACCACUUGCACAGCUGACAAACGGCAAGUUGAAUAUCAUCAACGUCUUCAACGCAUCACAUUACUCCUAACUUAAGCAGUCGUUAAAAUGACACCGUAUUCACGAUUAUCCUGAAAUGUUUUGCUGACGUUUACCAGACCCAAUUCUCUAAUACACAUUUUAUAAAUACUCUUAAAGAAAAUGCAACGCCAGGUAUUUUCAAGCCUUUAAAAACUUCCUCUUAAGUAAUAAUGAGAGUGAGAAACAUGGUGCAUUUAAGUGAAAACCCUGAUUAAUUAUGAAUGAUUGGAGGACUCCUAAAAGCUUUGGGGAGGGAAGAGAAAGAAACGACAUAAACAGGACACGAAGUCCAGAAUGGCUGGAUGGAUACCAGAUGUGAAACUGCAAAGUAUACAGGUGAAUGCAGAAUGAUGAGCGACAUUACUUCUGCACUGCUGGACACCGGCUGACCGUGUGCAGGGUAAAAGCCUCUUGUUUGUACUUUAACAGCAAUGUAGGCCAUGUUUUAUCAUAAUUUGCUGAAUUGAAUCUGUUAUUUUAGGGGAUGUUUUCAGCUCUUUGUGCAUCCAUCUAAGCAUAAAUGCAUUUAGAUCAUUGCUAAUGUUUAAGAAUCAGUGAUGCAGCCUGGAUAUGAUAAAGCGGUUUGAAAUGAUCAGAAGUCAGAAAUAUAAUUUCAUCUAGAAAUUUAAACCCAAAGACAAGAAACGCUUAUCACUUCCAUUAACUUCUGCAGACUGACUUUAUUUUUUCCCCUUGCACUUUGGUUCUUCUUUCCUUCUGCCCUGCUCUUCCUUUGCUGUCAGAGGCAUCAUGCAUGUUUUCACCUCUAAAGUGAUUGUACCUGAUUUAUAUGACAGGCCUUUAACCCGGCAUGUUCGUGUCCAUCAGCAUCAGGCAGAAAACACCCAAGGGCACGUGUGAGCAGGACCAAAUCUGGAUCUCUGUCAUUCACUGUCUGUAACCUCCAACUAGAAUGCACUCCUACAAAUCACAUUUAUUCCUGCCUGGUUUGGAGAAUGAGUCAGUCACACAAGACAUCCGGAGAAACAUGGAGGACACCGAUGGCAGUAAUCCCCAGUCUCUCGGAUUUACAGAGAAAUUGAAGUCUUGGCUCUCCUGGUCAUGGACCUACGUGUGCGUGGUCUGGUUCGGAAUGGUGCUAAUAAUGAUAUACGUCCUGUGGAGUCCGCUGAAACUGCAGGAAACGCUUACCUCAGCCUCAGUGUUUUUGAACACACUCACACCUAAAUUCUACGUGGCUCUUACUGGAACCUCUUCUCUCAUCUCUGGACUAAUUCUAAUAUUUGAAUGGUGGUAUUUUCGCAAGUAUGGGACAUCGUUCAUUGAACAGGUGUCUGUGAGCCACCUGCGUCCUUUACUGGGUGGAGUGGAGAGCAACUCUACGACUGGUCUGUUCUCAUCAGUCAAUGGAGAAGCAGAGCCUAGGCCCAGUGUUUCUGAAUGCAAAGUCUGGAGGAAUCCUUUAAACCUUUUUAGAGGGGCAGAAUACAACAGGUACACCUGGGUAACUGGAAAGGAGCCUUUAACCUACUAUGAUAUGAACCUAUCUGCUCAAGAUCAUCAGACCUUCUUCACGGGAGAUACUCACCAGUUAAGGCCAGAGGAUGCUGUGAUGCAGAAGGCCUGGAGAGAGAGAAAUCCUCAAGCCAGGAUCAGAGCCGCUUACCAGGCCAUUGAAAUGAAUCAUGAAUGUGCUGCAGCUUAUGUGCUUCUAGCAGAAGAAGAAGCCACAACCAUCACAGAAGCUGAGCGACUCUUUAAAAAAGCUUUGGGUUUUGCGGGGAAGGAUGUCAACCUAUUGGUGUACAUUAAACGCAGACUAGCGAUGUGUGCACGUAAGCUGGGGCGGAUUAAAGAAGCCGUGAAAAUGAUGAGAGAUGUGAGUUUCUGUCAACACUCGUCCAUGACAGAGAAUCAAUAUUUAAUGAAAGAGUUCCCAUUGCUGGGAAUGUUAAAUAUACACGAAAACCUCUUGGAAGCGCUUCUGGAGCUUCAAGCCUACGCGGAUGUGCAAGCUGUUCUUGCAAAAUAUGAUGACAUCAGCUUGCCAAAAUCAGCUACUAUAUGCUACACAUCUGCACUGCUGAAAGCACGGGCUGUUUCAGAUAAGUUCUCUCCAGAAGCAGCAUCCAGACGUGGGCUGAGCACAGCAGAGAUGAAUGCUGUAGAGGCCAUACACAGGGCCGUUGAGUUUAAUCCACACGUGCCAAAGUACUUAUUAGAGAUGAAGAGCCUAAUUCUGCCUCCAGAGCACAUCCUGAAGAGGGGAGACAGCGAGGCAGUAGCAUAUGCUUUCUUCCACCUGCAGCAUUGGAAGCGAGCAGAAGGAGCCUUAAACCUGUUACACUGUACCUGGGAGGGCACCUUCCGGAUAAUUCCAUACCCCCUGGAGAAGGGUCACCUGUUUUACCCCUACCCAGGAUGCACAGAAACAGCAGAUAGGGAACUACUGCCCUCUUUUCACGAGGUGUCUGUAUACCCAAAAAAAGAGCUGCCCUUCUUCAUACUCUUCACAGCAGGCCUUUGCUCUUUUACUGCCAUGCUGGCCAUGCUCACGCAUCAGUUUCCUGAGCUCAUGGGUGUCUUUGCCAAAGCAUUCUUCAGCACACUCUUUGCACCGCUGGGCUUCUUUGCAGACAAAAUGGAAAGCUUCAUGCUGCCCAGUUUUUGGCAUCAGCUGACUCCGAUCUGACCUCAUCGCUCGCUCGCUCUCUCUCCCCUACACACACACACACACACACACACACACACAGAAACACAAACACAUGUAAACACCAGUCUCACUCAGAAUUCUCUGACAGAGUGUUUGCUCUCCUGUCUUCAGCCUUUCGAUUCACUUGCUGUAUUGUUACUGAUGGUUUUGGCUGAAGUCGUAUCAACACAGCAACGGCACUCCUAAGAGCUUUUCCAAGAACACAUUUGGUACAUUUAAAAAUAUAUAUCUAUAUAUCACUUGUCAUCCUGUUAGUGUGGUGGAAUUCAGAAGUUUUAAUACCUUAAGAGUCUGACUUAAGAUUAGAGAGCGGGUUUUGCUAUUCUUAGUUAAACCUGCGUGACUUCAGUAAAGUUCAAAAGUACGAUGUCUCAUAAAUCUCUUUAUUCCCUUCAUAUAAUAAACCCAUAUGUUAAAAAUCUAUGACCGGGGCCGUUUAAGGUCAUUAUCCCUUCGUCACAACAUAUUAGGGCCACAAAAAUAAGAGAUAAGGAGGAUUUUAGUGGCUGUUUUCCAGUUAUAGGAUAAAAGGUCAAAUGUUUAGAGAAAGAACCAACUGAUAAGAAAAAGACUCAAAAAUAAUUUUGCCAAAGAUUUUUAGGAUAAAAACUAAACCAGCUGUGGCACAGAGAACAUUUUAAGACUCUUAUUGUGAAAAAUUGACUUGUGUGAGUCCAGCUGUGCCCCAUGCUGUUUCAAUGUAGUUUCACUUUAAUCCCACCCAUAAUCCUCUGUUACAGUAAUAAUUACAAACAGAAAUGUGGCGUUUGUUUCUGUGUCUUAUUCUUGAAAUAACCAACUUUGAAACCAUUCUUAAUUCAUUUCAACUCUUUUCUUUGACUGCUUUGCUGGUAUCAUUUUUUUUUCCCCCUUUCUUGAAAUUUUGACUUUAAUCUUAAAACGGAAACAAAAACCUUCGUUGUGUGUUUUUUACUUUAACUUCAGCUGUUUGGCCCUUCAUUAAUGCCUUCAUAAACUUAAUCUGGUCAUCUAUUGUGUUAACAAAAUUCCCUUAUUAGUUCAUCAUGCUAAUAAACAGCAGCUAAGGGACUAAAAACACAUUUAUUAUUGCAUGGUAAAACUUGCUGCGUUGUUCCAGUUGAUUAAAUCCAUGCUGUCCUAAAGUGUAAAUGAAUUAAUGACAAGAUGAAAUUAAUAAUUACAAUGAGAAUAAGACAGUGUUGAUGCUAUAUUGUCUCAAAUUUAGAUUAAAAGAGUCAAUAAAUCAGAUAUUUGUAAUAAAACGUGUUUUUGAGUCCAUUCUGGCCUGGAAGUGAAGGAGUGCUGAAGACAGGAGAACAUAACUGUACCUUCAAACGGGUUUGUUAGCAAAAUUAACAAUAAACAACUCUUUUGGUGCA